UCUUUUAUUUAGAAUUUAAAAAAAAAAGAAGAAGUUAUUUUCACAUAGUGAAAUUUUUUAUUGACACAUUCACAAUCUAAUUUUUUAAUUGACACAUGUCGCAAUCAUAUCAACUGAAAUAUUUGAAGUUAAUUUUGGUUUAUAUUUUUUUUAACACAAAAUUAUUAAAAAUUAAAGCUAGUUGAUUAUAAGAAAAAUAAAAUUAUUUUUACAUUUUUAUUUUAUUUAGACUUUUAAAAAGGAAAUUAAUUAUUUUAUAAUCAGUUUUUUCUUUUAGAUUUUUGUACAACUAUUUUAUUUUAAUAGAAAAAAUUAUGUUUAUUAUUUAUAUAUUUUUUCUUAUACAUACAAACAAAUAUUCAUCAUAUUCACACAUACUCAUGUACGACAACAACAUCAAAAUUAAAAAUUAUUUUAGCAUCAUUAGAUGUAAUGAAGAUAAUAAAAAGUUGAGUUGUAUCAUGAAAUUAAAAAAAAAUACUCAGGUAAUACUUUUCAUGUAAAUACUAUUGUGUUUUGUAAAAAUAAUAUGUGAAAGCUUAAACCUAAAUAUAGAUGUGAAACAUUUAUAGCUAUUUUGGUCAUAAUUUUUAAUAUACAAUUAUCUAUUAAGAAAAAAAAAAAUUAGUUACUUAUAAGAAAAUAUUAAGAGUACUUUCACAAUUUUCUAUUAACCAAGCUAUUAGUUACUUAUUAACCAAGCUUUUUAUAUAAAUAAUAAUAAUAAUAAUAAAAAUAAUAAGACAAUUAAAUAUUAUUUAUAAUUAAGAAAAAUCUUUUUUUUUCUUAUUUUAGUAUAAAUAUUUUUAAUUAUGAGACAGUUUAACAUAUAUUACAUUUUUAAUAUGUAACUGACAUGUGUCACAGUCAUAUUAAUUAGUAAUUUUGAAAAAUCAAAUCGAUAUAAUAUUUUAUAAUUAUAUUUUCAUUUAAAUUUUAGAAAAUGAAACUUUUAUUAAAUAAAUUGGUUUCAAAUCUAUUUUGUAAGAUAUUGAAAAAGGAAAUUUUCUAAAACAAAUUACUACUAAAUACUUUAAAAAAAAUCGUUUCUACUAUUAAAUAAUUUUUAAAAGUAGUUUUUUUUUGAAAAUUCGUUUUCUAUUAUCUUAUUAUAUAUAUAUAUAUAUAUAUAUAUAUAUUUAAUCAUUAUAUAUUUAAACACAUGUCACAAUAUGAGAAGAAAAAUUAUUAUCAAAUAAUCUUUUGCAAUUAUCUUUUGAUUAGGAUUUUAAAAAUUGAAAAUUACUAUUAAAUCAUAUUUAUAAUUACUUUUUAAUAAAAUUCAUUUUUGUUAAUAUCUUAAUACAUAUAUAUUUUUAAUUAUGAGAUAGAUUAACACAGGUCACAAUCUUGAAAUAUAUAAUUGUCAUGUGUCACGAUCAGGUUAAUUAGCAACUUUGAAGAACCAAGCUUUAUAUAAUAAGAAAGAUAUAUAUUUUUCUAAUUAAAGUACAACUAUUUUUUAUUCUUGUUAAACAAAUCUGAUUAGUUUUAUUUAUUGCAUUAGUAAGUCUUUUUAUCUGAUUAUAUUUCCAUAAUUAUUUUUUAUAAUUUGAGAUUUAUUUUUUUAUAAGAAAAAUAAAAAAACUAAAGUGAAGAUAAGUUACAAAGUUUCAUAGAUGAACGUUCCCUAUAAAAAAAAUUAAAAUUCAUAAAUGGAUAUCAAUAUUUACAAAAUAUUUAAUAGUAAAUAUUUUGUAGAUUCUAAGUAACUUUAUAUUUUUAGAUGCUUAAAACAUAAAUUAAAAAUAUCCCAAAUAAUUUUAACCAUGAAAAUACAUAUUGGUUUAUGUAUUUUUAGUUUAUGUAUAUUAUGUUGUAUAAAAAUAUUUAUCUAGUCUGAUAAAAAUUAGAUAAAAAUUUAAAUCGAAGUUAAAAAUUUCACAAAAACAAAUUAUGAAAAAAAUGAAUAACCAUCUCAAUUGCAGCACUAAUAAAUAUUUUUUUUUUAUAAUUGCUUUAUAAAAUUUCUUUCCAAUUUUAAAUUCAUUUGUACACUAUAUUCUUAGUAGUAAAUCUUAAAAAUCACUCAAUAUUCUCUUUUCAAUUAUAAAAUUAGGAAAUUUACUUGAUUAAUAUUUAUUUAUGUUUUCCUGUCUUUCAAUAUUAAUAUUUGGUUAUAUGUUUCUGUUUUUUAAUAUAAAAAUAUUUUAUUAAAUGAUAUUUUCAGAUAACCACACAGUUUAUAUAUAGGAAUUUUUAAUUUUUAAUUUAUUUUUAGAUUUUGGAUAAUUCUUAUUAUCAUUAAUUUAAUCACUUAUCUAAUCAGAUUUUUUUAAUUUGUUUAUAUUUUGUGGUUAAUAUAUUUUUUUCAUUAAUGGUAUAAACGAUAUUAAUCCCCCUAACUUUCAACGGGAGAGCUUCGUUCUGAAUAUCAUUUCGCCAAUAAUAGUAUAAAUUUCAAAUCUAAACAACCAUCUUUAAAUUUACUACAACUAGCAAAUGUACUUAAAACUAUAAUAUUUUGCUUCUUAAUAGUAUAGAUAUGUUAAAAUAAAUUGAAUACCAGUUUCAUAGAAAAAGGUUAACAAAUCUAAAACAAAACAAACGAAUAAAAUAAAAAUUUCUCCGUUCAGCAUGUCGUAGAACCAAAUCCAUGAAUUCGCUUAUACCAUCUGCAUAUUCUUGUUUAAGUAAAUUUGCUUUUGGAUUUAUACGAGAUAUAUCCAUCCACGAAGGAAAAUAAGUAGAAAAAAACAUGUUUUGUGUUUUUUUGGUGAAUAAAAUAAAAUAGUAUUAAUUUAUAGAUAAAUUUGGAUCACUUCUUGAUGGAUUUUUAUGAAGAAAACAUUCAUCGAAAAUUUUGAACUUUUAAAACGGCUGUAUAACACUUUCGUCGGAAAUACCCGACGGAUGCUUGACGAUCACUGUAGAAUCUUGACAAUAUUCAAAUAGUUAAUAAAACGUUCUUCUCACAAUUUCUAUCAUAUACAAUUUGUAAGCAAUAUCAAUCGUAUAAAUUCCAAAGGAAGGUUUCGUACGUCAAACCGACAAUUCUGCUUAUCAGUAACUAGUCCUGAUAUAUAUUAAAUGUCCAAGAGGGGAUCCAAGUUGCUGUGCAGACCAAACCACUCCCUCCAACAGGCAUCUCCUCCACACAUCUCGCUGCUUGGAUCAUCUGGUCAAUCUGGAUUGCAAGGAAUCAAAAAAUCUUUUAAAAUCGAAUCUUCUCGGGGCAAGACACACUACUCAAAGCUCUUACCAGCGCAAGGGAAUGGCAAGAGGCUCAAAGCUACGACCUAAGAACACAAUCCCGCCGCCCCACUCCGCAGAUCGAAGGCCACUCUGAUGCAAUCAUAUGCAGAUCUGACGCAGCCUGGCGAUCUGGAAUAUCGACAGCCGGUUUAGCGUGGAGCUUCUACCGCGCAAAUGGAGAGAUUAUUUUAUCUCAUAGUAAAUCAACCUCUUUUGUGAUUUCGUCUCUUUUGGCAGAGGGAUUAGCACUGAGAGAAGCCAUGGAACAUGCAUGGGCCCUAGGAUUGAUGAAAGUGAUCUUCGAAUCUGAUUCUUCUCAACUGAUGGCAGCAGUUGAAGGCGAAUCAAAUUUCUUCGAUCUUCACGGAAUCGUCUCCGAUGUUAUCUCCUUCGCAAACUCUAUGGAGCUUGCUCGCUUUAAUUUUCGUAGUCGCAUUAACUUUGUAUUGGAAGAUGGCCUAGCCAAACAAGCGCUUGAUGCGUAUCUGUACCAACCACAUUGAUUUCGAGUUAAUGAAAUUUUCUUUUGACAAAAAAAAAGUAACUAGUCCUGAUGAUUACUGCCCCGCGUAACAUAUAAUUCAUUUUCACAAACGUAAGUAUCUAGAAGCUGCAGGCAUAAGCAACCAUUUAAAACAAAAAAAAAACUAUUGAGUUGCUCUACUUUUUAUCUUUCGACUUUCGAGCAUAUCUAGUCUGAAACAAUGGGGAUUUGGGCCUAUCCUACAGGAAGUCAGGAACCUGUAUAUUGUUCGAAGCAAAAAAAAAGAAGUGAAGAGAUCGAUUUAAUCUGUACAAGAUUAUUCCUUAAAACUUCUUUGUUCGACAUCUUGUUGGCAUAUAUGAUACAUCGAAGAACAAUUAGACUACUGAUAUAUCAGUAUUUUUUCUAGCUAUAACAUAUGUUUUGGGAUUUUAUCGGAUCAAAUUAUGUUUUAUAGUCUUUAAGAGUCUUUGGUGUUUUUGUGUUUUGCAUUUGAAAAUAAUAUUUGUGAGCAAAUUUUUUAACCAACGAGAGCUGAUGUUAUUGUCUUUUGUGAACCUAUCGAAAACUCAAGGUAAAAGACUCUAGAGAGGGCGGAAAGUUUAUUCUUCCGUAGGCGUAACAUAAGGUAAAAGACAAAACAUGUUAUGACACAUAAACAAGAAAAUGUACAUCAUAGAGUCGUGGGUAUAAGUUGUAAUAAAGUUACAUGUAGACUAACGACAUCUUGCUAGAAUAUAACCUAAUGAAUUCUAGCUAAAAUAGAAUAUACAAAAAAGUUUUGUUUGCGUUAUAUACCUAUGAUAGAUCUAUGUAUAAUACUUAAUAUCCGAUUUCUAGAUUAAGUAGAUGGCCAUAAUAAAAUAUUCUAUCCCGAGUUAUGAUAUAAAAUAAAAUAUGAUUCCACUAUUAAGAAUAUUAAACAUAUAAAUAGUCAUAUUUAUGUUUAUAAUAGUUAUCAUAAUUUUUAUAUUUUAAAAUUUUAGUUUACUAUUUUUUCCAUUACAGGAGAGUAAAAUAUGUCCAAAAUGACUAAAAAUAUCAAAAGUCUUAAAAGGACAAACAAAAGUUGAGAGUGUCUAUUUUUCUAAAUUUUCCUAAUUAUUUUAUGGUUACCUUUAGAAAAACAAUACCAGUAUUCCGUCUUAUCUUUACUUUAUUCUCAUAGAUUUGUUGUGUAAUCUAGUUUUUGUGGAUUCGAUCCCUUCUAUUAUACGACAUGGUGAUUAAAGGGUUAUAACUCUUGAGCUAUCAACAACAGAUUAAAGCAAGUUAAUAUAAAACUAGAGAAUUAAAGAGUUUAGAAAAGCAAAAGUCUCGAACACAAAUCUUAUUUUUUCUUUGAAACUCAUUUUGAAAUUCGUGCAUAAGUGUGUGAAAGAUACAACGAAUAUGAUAAGAAAAUAUUUUGAUACAACUUUUGCAUCCCACUGCUUAUACACACAAAUGUGCUCCUUUGAAUUAUUCCCAUGGACUAUUUGAUCUUCCUUUAUAUGUUAGUUUUUUUUAUAACACUGAAUAUUAUUAAGCCUUUACGGCAAUGAUCAAAACAAGGUAUCACCACCAAGGGGGGAAUAAAAAAUAAAACCAAAACACAAAACCAUACCAGUAGGUAGGUGAAGUUUAAACAAGAAAAAUGGUUGUCACAAAGACACAACACCUUAAACAACCACUCACUACACAGGGGAAGUGAGACGGUGGUGUUACCAUUUACGAAAGCGGAGCAUCGUUCCUUGCUUCAUACGCAAUGAGUUCCUUCAACCAGUUAGGUCCUCCUAAAGCAAUGUAGGAUUGAUAUCUAUGGUCAACGGUUACGCUAGUGGCAAUUCUCUGUGCUAACACAUUUCUUGUCUCUAGGACAUGGUCCAAAGACCAGUGUUGAAACCGUUGUACCAAAUCACAGAUGUUUCCAACAAUUUCCCUGGUUUCACUGCAUGAGCUUGGAGAUAGGAAGCAAGCCCUUGCGCGCUCACAUGAAGAUUCAAAGAUGAUCUUAUCCUUACGCAUGGAAUUCAUGCUCUCGAUGGCCCAAAAGAUAGCUAGGAGUUCCGCAAGUUCUGUAGACUGCACAGAUGAAAAGGAUCUCCUGCCAUGCAUUAGGACCUUUCCUCGGCUAUUCCUUACAAUCCAAGAAGCUCCACUCAUACGGGACGUAUCAGACCAUGAGGCAGCUAUGUUACACUUGACAAUGUCAUCAGCUGGUGCCUUCCAAGAAGGUGUGAUAGUUCCUAGCGAGUUACUGGGGGUGGUUGCUCUAGCGUCAGGGUAGUUAAGUUCAAACCAAAUGUUGGAUCCAAGUUUUGCAUGUUCCUCGUGCUGUAAAUCCAAGUUUGAUCCGGUUACCAUAGAGUUUAAAGUCUAAUCACCUAUUUUCAACCCUGGCUGUACUAGAAAGUUUGAAACCAAUGAUCAUGUACUUUCCCAUCCCGAGAAUGAAUUAUCAAGAUGUGAUGUGAGAAAAAAGGCAAUACACAUUUUAAAAGCUGAUAAAAUUAGGGUUUAUUAACAAAAUUAGAGAUUUAUCUUUUCUUUCUACUGUCACACUCUGUUUAAUUUUAACCGCAAAGGCUUCCUAUAUAUACGUGUUUGCUCUCCAUAACUCAACUCACUCAAACACCCCAAACACCAAACCCUAAAGGCUAAAACACACAAGAUCAUCAUCACAAUGAAGAUCUCUUUUCUCAUCACUAUCCUCUUGGCGACAGUGGCCUGCACCCACGGACAAGAACCGGUGAAAGACACUGCCGGGAAUUCUCUUGAGACAGGUCAGCAAUACUUCAUCCAGCCGAUCAAGACCGGGAGCAAGAACGGAGGUGGUCUUGUUCCAGCCGCCAUUAGACUCAUUCCCCUUUGUCCACUUGGCAUCAACCAAGCAGCCUUUACGUUCUUACCAGGCCUACCGGUUAGCUUCGAGUUUUCUGACUUCGUCCCAGAACCCAUCGUUAAGACAUCUACUGAUGUAACCAUCGAGUUCAAAUCAUGCAAGGAAUUUUCCUUUAUAUGGGCAGUUGAAUCCUCAUCGGAUUCCAAUGAGCCAGCAAUUAUCCUCAGUGGUACCCCGGGGAGCCAAAAUAGCCGGUUUAAGAUAGAGAAAGCCGGAGAAAGAGCAGGAGAAAACACUUAUAAGUUGACCAGCUUAGGCGGGACCGUUGGAAACGUCACGGGGAUUUUUCUGGCACCACAACUAGUUCUCACCAAUGAUAAUGCCAAGACCACAUUCGUCAAAUUCAACAAAUAUAAUGAAUCUAUUACAUCUGCUUCUCGUGUUGAGAAGUCAGGUCUAAGGAUGUUCCCAUUCUGAUAGUCAAGAUAAUGUAAUGUUAAGCCUAAGGCUCGUCCAUGGCCAAAAAUAAGGGGUUGAGAAAAUACCCGCACGCAUGUUUUUUUACUUUCCUCAUGAAUAUAUAAAAUGAAAUUAUGUUUUAUAAUGCUU